AUGAAGUUCAACCCUUUCGUUACCUUGGACCGCAGCAAGAACCACAAACGCCACUUCAAUGCCCCUUCGCAUGUGCGCGAGAAGAUCAUGUCCUCCCCUCUGUCCAAAGAGCUGCGGCAGAAGUACAAUGUGCGCUCCAUGCCCAUCCGCAAGGAUGACGAGGUCCAGGUGGUGCGAGGUCAUUACAAAGGUCAGCAGAUUGGCAAGGUAGUCCAGGUGUGCAGAAAGAAGUAUGUCAUCUACGUCGAAAGAGUGCAGCGUGAGAAGGCUAAUGGUACCACAGUGCAUUGGGGGCGCGGGGCCGUGAACUUCCGGGGGCGGGGGCGGCGCGGGGUGUCCCCAAAGUCCGAGGUGGCGAGAGGGACUCCGAAUCCCGAGGGCGAAGGACGGCGAAAGGGGGCUGCGAAGUUCCGUACCCGAGAGCGAAGGGGCACUCAGGCUCGGACACCGCGGGGAGCCCCGAGCUGGCGAGAGGCGUUUGAGGCGCAUGACUGGGAGGCACAGGACCCGCCCCCAGCCCCAGCCCGAGAGGCCUCCCCUCCCCCAGCCCAGGGGCUCGGGUUUCAGACCUGUGACCGGGACAGCAGCUGCCCAGGACCGCCAGCACUGUCUUUCUCCAGGGAGCAGCCCAUUUUCAGCACAAGAGCACACGUAUUCCAGAUUGACCCAGCCACCAAGAGGAACUGGAUCCCUGCGGGCAAGCACGCACUCACUGUCUCUUAUUUCUACGAUGCCACCCGCAAUGUCUACCGAAUCAUCAGCAUCGGGGGUGCCAAGGCCAUCAUCAACAGCACUGUCACUCCCAACAUGACCUUCACCAAAACCUCCCAGAAGUUUGGUCAGUGGGCAGACAGCCGUGCCAACACAGUCUACGGCCUUGGCUUUGCCUCUGAGCAGCAUCUGACCCAGUUUGCUGAGAAAUUCCAGGAAGUGAAGGAAGCAGCGAGGCUUGCCCGGGAGAAGUCUCAGGAUGGUGGGGAGCUCACCAGCCCAGCCCUGGGGCUUGCCUCCCACCAGGUGCCUCCAAGCCCCCUUGUCAGCGCCAACGGCCCCCCUAGCGACGAGAAACUCUUCCGCAGCCAAAGUGCAGAUGCCCCAGGUCCUGCGGAACGCGAGAGACUUAAGAAGAUGCUGUCUGAGGGCUCUGUGGGUGAGGUGCAGUGGGAGGCCGAGUUCUUCGCGCUGCAGGACAGUAACAACAAGCUGGCCAGCGCCCUGCGGGAGGCCAAUGCAGCAGCCUCACAAUGGAGGCAGCAGCUGGAGGCCCAGCGCGUGGAGGCUGAGCGGCUCAGGCAGCGGGUGGCCGAGCUGGAAGCACAGGCGGCAGCAGAAGCCCCUGCAGUUGCAGUUGUGGAGGAGCCUGUACAGUCGCUGGAGCAGUUGGAGGCAUUGGUGCAAACCAAGGACCAGGAAAUCCAGACACUGAAGAGCCAGACUGGGGGUCCCCGGGAGACCCCAGAUUCUGCUGAGCGAGAGGAGACACAGCAGAAGGUGCAGGACCUGGAGACUCGGAAUGCGGAGCUGGAGCACCAGCUGCGGGUGUCGGAGCACAGCCUGGAGGAGGCCCGGGCUGAGCGGGAGCGGGCACGGGCUGAGGUGGUGCGGGCCACACAGCUGUUGGAUGUCAAACUGUUUGAGCUGAGCGAGCUGCGUGAGGGCCUGGCCCGCCUGGCCGAGGGAGCACCCUGA